CAACACCAGCAGCCAUGCCGCCACGAAUACCCAAUUCAUGGUGCCUCCGGGCCUCCAGUGCACCCCAAUUCACCCUCCCUCUACGCCCCUUCUCCGCGACCACCGCACCUCUCGCAAAGUCAUCUGGCCGCUCGAACAAGAAGAGGACUCAUGACCCGUACAUUCUCGCCCAGCAGGCCCGCAAAAAGGCUGCCAAUCUCUCGCGUCGCGCCGAUAUAGAAGCUGUCCGCGUAGCUGCUAUGGGUGACCCCGUCCGCGGCAUCCCCACUCCCUUCGUCGAAUCCUUCGCGACCGGUAAACCACCGCCUCCCGAUCCCGAGAAGAAGACUCCCGCGGAAAAGGAAUACCUCAACUACUCAAUCAAACCGAAUCUACUCAAGUCUCAGUUGAAACAGAGUGAGAAGCUUGCUGUACCUCUCGAUCAAGUUAAGAAGGACGAGCGCUCCGCCCCCCGGUAUCCAUGGGAUCAAUUUAAACCCGCGUAUGAAAAUGUGGGACCCGCACCAGAAAUAUUGUCUGCGGAGGAAAUAGAAGUGCAACGGAAAAAGGAUCAUGAACGCGCCGCUGAAGCCAUUCAACGCAUCACGGCGCUCGGCAAUGGCAGCUCCAAGAACAGAAUGAAGGUUAACGUUGCCCGCUGCAUCGACACAUUCGGCCGCCACAACACGGACCGCACAAUGCCUCCCCGUGCGCCGCCUCUGCCGGCCGUCAAUUCCAAGGACACUCAUGCUCUCCGUCCUGCCACCAAUGUCGCUGCGACUGCUAAGCGCAUCGGUCCCGAUACUGGCUCCUCCGAGGUCCAAAUUGCCAUCUUGACCGCGAAGAUCAAGACUCUUGCAGACUUUCUGGCCACUAGGGGUAAAGGCGACAAGCACAACAAGAGGAAUCUGAGGCUCCUGGUGCACAGGAGGCAGAAACUGCUACAGUACUUGAGGAGGAAGGAGAGGGGCGGGCCAAGGUGGCAGCAUUGCAUUGAGACACUGGGGUUGACCGAGGGCACGUGGCAAGGCGAGAUCAGUCUGUAAAUCUUGGAUGCCUUUUGUUGAAUGUAUAUGUAUAGUGUAUUGAGAUGUAGGAAACUACCAUGUAAAGGUUCAUCGCGUUUGUACAGUAGCUUAUAUUCGAGAAUCAAGAUAGCGUUGCAAAGAUCUCAAGCAGUAUGUGUAAUUGGAAACAGGUGCAGUGUACGAUACGCAAGAGUCAUAAAAAAAUCUGAUAUGUGGAACAUGGUCCCGCAUCCCAUAGGCGUUCAUCCGUGGCCGGGACC